AUGAAGCACUGCCUGGUGUUUCUGUGUCUCCUGGGACCUUUUCUACAUGCUUUGGCUCAAUGCACUGUCCCAGCCUCACAGUUUAAGCUGGAGGGAGAUUUUUUGAUAGGUGGACUUUUUGGAAUUCAUCAUGUCGAUGGCCCUGGUCGUCAACACAGACCGGAAUUCACUGACUGCUCCCAUAAACCUUUCAUACUGUCAAGUUAUCAGAGGUUUCAUGUGAUGAGAUUCUCUGUAGAGGAAAUCAAUAACUCUACCAGCCUACUGCCAAAUGUAUCUCUUGGCUAUGAAAUAUUUGACCAUUGCUCAGAUACACAGAGUUUUCCAGGCAUUUUAAACCUCAUCUCAGUCAAUGGCGUGAUCCAACCUUGGCGUGAACCAAACAAGAAACUCUCCCAAGUUUCCAAAGCCAUAGCAGUGGUCGGCACUUACAUAAGCACUGAAACACGGACUGUAGCCCCUCUUUUAAUGAGGAAUUUCAUUCCUAUGAUCAGUUACGGAGCUUCUAGUUCAAAAUUUUCAAUAAAGCAGAAUUUCCCAUCUUUCCUGCGAACAGUGCAUCCCCUUAAAGACAUUAUUGAAGUGACUGUCAAGAUUCUGCAGUACUUCAAUUGGAGCUGGGUAUCUUUCCUCUACAGCGAUGAUGAGUAUGGCAAUGAUAGUCAGGAUGUGUUCAUAAAGAGGAUUAAGGACACUGACAUCUGCCUGGCAUACACCAAAAGCCUCAGUCAUGAUACAGAUUACUCCCAAAUAUACAAUCAAAUAGAGGCACAGAACAUAAGUGUUAUUAUAGUUUUUGUUUCUGAAUGGACUGCUCGGGCUCUCAUUAAUUCAGCAAUACAACUGAAAAUCACAGACAAGGUUUUUAUAGCAAGCGAUGGAUGGUCCUCAAACAAGGAGCUCCCCAGGACGAAUGGAAUCCAAAAUAUUGGAACUAUACUCGGGAUAUCUCAGCCAAUAGUGAAAUUGCCUGGUUUUAGUGAUUAUGUCUAUGCCUCCAAAAGCCAGAAUCAUUCUGCAAAUUCACAGCAACAGAUGUUUUGCAAUCAGGUUUGCAACUGCAGUAACGUGAACCCAACAGAUGUCAUUCUUGCCGACCCAUCUUUCUCUUUUCCUGUCUAUGCUGCUGUAUAUGCCAUCGCUCAUGCCUUACACAAUGUCUUGCAAUGUGGAUCCAACGGAUGCAAUGGGAAUAUUACAGUGUAUCCACAUAUGGUUCUAGCAGAGCUGAAGAAGUCAAACUUUACACUUCUAAACCAGAGUAUUGAGUUUGACAAGAAUGGUGACCCCAAGUACGGAUUCUAUGCUAUACUUUUCUGGAAACAAAAUGGUGAAACAGAGGAAGUCGGCUCCUAUCGUUUUAACCCAUCCACUUUGCUCAUCGACAACAGCAGAAUUCAUUGGCACACCAAGGACAAAGUGCCUACAUCACUGUGUAACUGGGAAUGUGAUGUAGGUCACAAAAAGGCGUAUAAGGGAAUCCACAAAUGCUGCUUUAAUUGUGAAAAAUGCCCCAAAGGAACUUAUGUCAACAGCACAGAGGAUCCCUACACAUGUUUCAAUUGUACGGAGACAGAGUGGUCUGCAGAAGGAAGCACAUCAUGCAAUCUGCGGGAGGUGGAGUACAUCCGAUUCACAGACAGUGGAGCUAUAGUGAUCAUGGUGUUGGCCUGGGUCUUGGUGGGUCUCACAGCAGCCAUGUCUGUUCUCUUUGCCAUCAACUACAACACACCUAUUGUCAGAUCUGCUGGGGGACCAAUGUGCUUCUUAAUUCUAGGCUGCCUCAGUCUGUGUAGUAUUAGUGUUUUCUUUCAAUUUGAUAAGCCAACAACUUCCUUUUGUAUCUUAAGUUUCCUGCCGUUUCUUUUGUUCUACACUGUUUGUCUGGCAUGUUUUGUUGUACGCUCAUUUCAAAUUGUUUGCAUUUUCAAAGUAGCCACCAUGUUCCACAACCUCAACACUUGGUGGGCGAAAUAUCAUAUACAAUGGCUGGUCAUCACUGUGGCAUUUGGUACUCAGGCGCUCUUACUUCUUCCCAGCUAUAUUCAUGACCCACCCAAUCCCUGGAAUGAAACUUCAUAUCCAGAGAAAAUAAUACUUCGUUGUGAUCAUAAGUAUAAAAUGUUCUCUGGUUCUUUUGUGUUACUUGUUUUUUUGUGCUCUCUUUGCUUCAUUUUCUCCUACAUGGGAAAAGAUCUCCCAAAAAAUUACAAUGAGGCCAAAGCAAUAACCUUCUGCCUGCUCCUGCUGAUCCUCACCUGGAUCAUCUUUGCUACUGUACAUGUACUUUAUCGUGGUAAGUACAACCAAACUCUUAACGCUCUGGCAGUACUCUCCAGUCUCUACUCCUUUCUGUUGUUUUAUUUCCUCCCAAAAUGUUACAUCAUCAUUUUUCAGUCAUACAAAAACACACAUCAGUACUUCAGUGGUCUCAUUCAUAAUUACACCAAAACAAUUAGCCAGUAG